AUGUACACCCUCACCAACAUUGACCAAUACCACUUCCCCAGCAGCCCAGACUCCGAAACAUACGUCCUCGAAGCCCACCGCACAGCCUCUGGUCUCGCAACCGUAUCCUCCGACCAGGCCCUCUCGCUCUUCGAUCCGGCUCGCAUCGGGAGCGGACCCCAGGCGAGUCUGCGGACGGACCACGGAAAUGUCACGACGAUGAGGGCGUUUGACCCGAUGACUGGCGUGGUCUGUACGGCGGGAGAGGAUGGAUCGGUCGGGGUGUGGGAUUUGAGGGCUGGGGCGAGGGUUGCGCGGUUUCAGGCGGGACAAGCAUCAAUACUAUCCAUGGCAUGUAGUCCCAGCACGCAGACCAUUGCCGUGGGCACCGAGCUGGAGAACCACGCCGCCUCAAUACACCUAUGGGACGUCCGCUCAACCCCCUCCCCAAAGGCAACAUACUCCGAGGUCCACAGCGACGACAUCACAUCCCUCUCCUUCCACCCGACGCGGCCCCAGAUCCUCAUCUCGGGCUCGACCGACGGCCUCGCCAGCGUCCACGACACGUCCAUCCCCGACGAGGACGAGCUCACCGUCCAGACGCUCAACCACAACGCCUCCAUCCACGACGCCGCCUUCCUCAACGACACCGAGGUCUUUGCCCUCUCCCACGACGAGUGCUUCGCCGUCUGGGACGUGGCCGAGGACCGCGUCGGCGGGGACGCCGUCAAGGAUUUCGGGGACCUGAGAAAGGUGCUGGGGUGUCAGUACGUGGCGAAUGUCGUGACCAAGCUGGAUGGGAGUGGUGCGAUUUUGGGCGCUGGUGCGCAAGACAAACAAACCUUUGAGCUCACCUUCCUGUCCAAGGCGGCAAACAACGAAUGGGCCCUCGAUCUCGACAACAGGGUCGUCCUGCCGGGGUCUCACGGCAGCGAAAUUGUGCGCUCGUUCUGCUUCUUUGAUGAUGAGCAGGUGGUCUUUACGACGGGAGAGGACGGAAACGUCAAGGCGUGGAGGGCGGGAUGA